CUGGAGCGCGCGGGGGCUGCCGGGAAGAGGGGCGUUACCAGGUGGUCUUCUUGGGGCCGCCAUCUUGAGUUGCGGACCUGCCUGUGCCUGUUGGGGAGAGGCGGCGUAGGGGGGCUGGGUCGCCCCAAUGGAUACCAUGGCAAGCCCCGAGAAAGAUCAUUACAGAAUGAAAAGUUAUAAGAAUAAUGCCCUCAAUCCACAGGAAAUGCGACGCCGAAGAGAAGAGGAGGGUAUUCAGCUUCGGAAACAAAAAAGGGAAGAACAAUUAUUUAAACGCAGAAAUGUUUCUCUAUUGAUUAAUGAAGAGUCGAUGCAAGAAAGUCCAAUCCAGGAUCCUGACGUGAGCUCUACUGUGCCAAUUCCUGAGGAAGAUGUAAUUACAUGUGACAUGGUACAGAUGGUUUUCUCUGAUGAUCCCAACCAACAGCUUGCUGCAACCCAGAGAUUUAGAAAAUUGCUUUCUAAAGAACCUAAUCCUCCAAUAGAUGAAGUCAUACAAAAGCCAGGAAUUGUGCAAAGAUUUGUGAAAUUUCUGGAAAAGAAUGACAAUUGCACUCUUCAGUUUGAAGCAGCAUGGGCUCUUACAAAUAUAGCAUCUGGAACAUUUUUGCACACCAAAGUAGUGAUUGAAACUGGAGCUGUUCCAAUUUUUAUUAAGUUAUUGAAUUCUGAACAUGAAGAUGUCCAGGAGCAGGCAGUGUGGGCUCUUGGUAAUAUUGCUGGAGACAAUGCCGAAUGUAGAGAUUAUGUUCUAAGCUGUGGAAUACUUCCACCCCUCUUACAACUGCUAACACAUUGUAACAGACUCACAACAACUAGAAAUGCAGUCUGGGCACUUUCAAAUCUUUGUAGAGGCAAAAAUCCACCUCCAGAUUUCAGCAAGGUUCGUCCUUGCUUAGGUGUUCUGUCACGACUGUUGUUCAGCAGUGACCCAGAUGUAUUAGCAGAUGCUUGCUGGGCCCUCUCUUACCUUUCAGAUGGACCAAAUGAUAAGAUCCAAGCAGUUAUUGAUUCUGGAGUCUGCCGGAGAUUAGUGGAACUUCUGAUGCACAAUGACUACAAAGUGGUGUCUCCUGCAUUAAGGGCAGUUGGGAAUAUUGUGACUGGUGAUGAUAUUCAAACACAGGUAAUUCUAAAUUGCUCUGCAUUACCCUGUCUCUUACAUUUGCUGAGUAGUCCCAAGGAAUCUGUUCGGAAAGAAGCAUGUUGGACAGUUUCUAAUAUUACUGCAGGAAACAGAGCUCAGAUACAGGCUGUUAUAGAUGCAAAUAUAUUUCCAGUAUUAAUUGAAAUUCUUCAGAAAGCUGAAUUUCGUACGAUAAAGGAAGCGGCUUGGGCCAUCACUAAUGCAACAUCUGGGGGAACGCCUGAACAAAUCAGUUACUUGGUGGCAUUAGGUUGCACCAAGCCUCUUUGUGAUCUUCUGACUGUGAUGGAUUCUAAAAUAGUCCAGGUGGCCUUGAACGGCCUUGAAAACAUCCUGCGACAUGGAGAACAAGAAUCUAAGCAAAAUGGAAUUGGUGUUAAUCCUUACUGUGCCCGUAUAGAGGAAGCAUAUGGACUAGAUAAGAUUGAAAUUCUUCAAAGUCAUGAAAACCAAGAGAUCUACCAAAAAGCUUUCGAUCUGAUUGAACAUUAUUUUGGUGUGGAAGAGGAGGAUGCAAAUAUUGUACCACAAGUGGAUGAAAAUGAGCAGCAGUUUCUGUUUCAGCAGCAAGAAGCGCCAAUGGAGGGAUUCCAGUUGUAGCUGGCCAGUAUUAGGAAAGGUGGGAAGGUCUACUGAAGACAGAUAAAGAAGCAGCUCAUGCACUUACAUGUUUUCAUUAUUUUCCUAUGUGUGCAUUUCCAUUGUCUUGUGUCCAAAAAUACUGACUAAUUGCAGUUUAAAAAAUGUUACAGAGCUUGAAGAGUGACUUCAGUGAGACAUUAGAUACUGAGUUUUCAAGCAGUUGCUAAAAAUGCAUCAUUAUGCAUAAACAGCUUUUGAUACUUUGAAUUUUGGCAGUAGGGUUCAUGUGCCCAGUCUACUCUAAAUCUACCUCUUUACCAUGGAGCAAAAAAAAAAAAAAAAAGAUGUUUCAGAACUGAAGUGUAACAUAUAUGAGCUCCUAGUAAAAGCUAACCUUAGAAUGUGAAAAAUUAUUUAUUUAAAUAGUGAAAGUAUAGUUUUAUGCGUGAAACUUUGCGAUACACCAGUGAAAUAUAUUUAUAUUUAAAAGCAUAAUACAUUGGGUGCACUGCUUGUAUAUGACAUUAAAAUAAAGGCAAGAAAAACCCACAUUUUUUCUGCUGUGUGAAAUGAAAUGGUAGCUUGUUUCAGUUUAUAAUUUAUGUAGACCUUGAUGCCUAAGCAUGUAGGGAAAGAUCCUUCUCCCUCCUUUAAUUUCCUCAGUGGUAUUGCAAAUGAGGAUGGCAUCUUUUCUGUUGGCCAUUGUAGCUGUGCCUCUGACUACAGUUUCAUUUGCAGUAUGAUAAUUAUGUUCAUGUUGCAAACAUGUUGAUCAUUUUCUGUCAGACUGCUGUGAAAGGCACAAGAACUGGUCUUUUCCUCUGGUCUGUUGCAAUCCAGAUUAUAAAUUGGGGAUACAUAUUUAUGAUUACUUUGUAGUUACCAUUUGAUUCCUAUGAGGGCAAGCGCAGGUUUCUGUAGCUGCAUGCUAAAGAUCGCGCAUAGAAAUGUCCAUGUUUAACUUAAAUGUUACCAAAGUGUGUGAAAUUGCAAUACUCUUUUUUUUCUUGAAACACAGAUGAUUGGCUAUAUUUAUACAGCCAGUGUGUUCUGUUUUGACCAAAUAUACUAAUGCAUCUCAUCUAAAGUUUGUUGCAAGAUUUGUCCGUUAAAAAAAGACUUCAUUUGAAACAAGCCAAGAAAAGCAUGUCUUGCUCUGACUUUGUAAUAGUGCUACGUUGAGAAAACACAUUUUUCUGAUACUUCAAGGAAAGAGAAAAUGGUUUUGUUUGUAAAUACUAUAGUAGGGUCCUGUAUAGAAUCAUCUUUGAUAAUGUAUGCAAAAUGUUUAAGUUUAUAUGAUGUCUAUCUAAAGAAAACAGGCCAUUUUGUUGCUCAUUUUUUAUCCACACAUCUUUUAACUUUUUGGUAGCACAAUUAAAGUACUCUGUUUAAUUUUGCUUACCAGAAAUGUCUUAAAUUGUGUAACUUUUUUAAAAAGUUGUAUGUAAGAUUAGCAGGUUAUUGCCUUUUUCAUAGUAUUGUAUAACUUUAAAAAAAAAACACGCACUCCAAAAUCUUCUGAAGGAGCUAUUUAUCUUGUAGCCACAAACAAGUUCAAAAAUACUGAUCUUUUUGUUCCAGUUUUGUAUGAGUGAUCUGUACAGGACUGUUCGAAUGUAGCAAAAAAAGGCACAGUUGGCAACAUGCUUUUGUAUCCUGCAUCACUCUGGGGAAAAUAUUUCUCCAUAGUAUUUCCAGUGCCAGAUCAUCACCAGGAGAAACUUCAGAAAGAAGUUGCUGUGAGUUAUUCUCAUCUGUUAGUAGAUUAGCAGCAAGGGGAACAAGCACAGAGUCAGAGUUCAGAUGUAUCCUGAUCUUCACAUGAGUUCUGACUGGAAGGUUUCUGCUUUGCAUUUUCAGCUGUGAAAACGGGGUGGUAGCCAAGCUGCACAGCUUUGUACUGUGAAGAGUGGCUAUAGUUUUUACAAAAGUAUUGCAACAGUAACUCUUACUUUUCCCUCAAAAGGGUUUAUGAAAUUUAAGCUUGACUUUAAGAGAUUAAUAGUGAGGUGUAGUUUAUGUGUUAACAGGGUGCUACAACUGAAGAAGAUUCAGCCUUACUUGACUAAUGGCUGGCAGUCAGAUGUUCCUUUAGAGGGAAUGAAAACACAAAAGCACAGUUGAUGAGACAACCUUCAAUGUUAAUAAUUACUUGGCCCCCUUAUUUAUUUGUAGUUUUUUUAUUUUGGUAAUACAUAGUUUACCCUUUAAUCAAUUAAUUUUACAUAAUUCGUUCCAAAUAUAGCGUAAUGAAAAAAAUUAAUGAAAACUUGAUUGUUCAGAAAGAUUUUAAUAUGUAAAGAACAAAAAUAUUCAGGGUUGACAGGGUAUUCCAUUGUUCUGUUGAAUUAGAAAAAAAAUUACCAGUUGUGCCUGCUCUUAAUUUGAUUAUUUGAUAUCUAAUAGAUGAUGAUAUAUAAACAUUUCCAUUUGAAUGAAAUCCAGCUAUCAGUUGUACCUAGAGCAGACCAACUGAAUCCUACUGAGAUUGGACCUCAUUAGAAUUAAGAAAUCUAUUUGAUUUUGAUGUGUCUGCUCUAGGUAAGAUAAACAAUGUGUUUAACUGUUUGUAUAAAUCUUAGCAGAAAUAAAAGGAACAAAAUUAAACAGAAUUUUAAAAGUAUCUCAGUGUUCUGAAAGGUUAUCAUCUUAUAUAUCAUAAAAAUGAAAGGUGCACAAUGCUCAUCCUAUUCCUUAGAAUGUAAUGUUGAUGUGGUUAUUUUUUGAACUGUAAUAUCAGUAUUUGGUUUGCUUUCAAAUUCUCUUACAUAUAAAAUAGAGACGACUUGCACACUUACAGAAACAGGUUACCUUUCUUGGUAUUAAUGUGAACUGCAGUCUGCAGAAAUCUAUAGCAAAGUAAUGUUUGGGUGGGUUUUUAUUUUUAUUUUUAAGGUUCAAAAUGUUAAAAAUUAAAUUACGUUUUCUUGGCACAGAUUGUGAGACUCACAUAAUUAUCUGCAUUUGACAUGACUAAUCUAUGCAACCAUGCCAAGUAUGUAUCUCAGAUACAAAACAAUAAUGAGCUUUUUUUCAAACAGGUUUACAUUUUAAAAUAAAUAAAUAAAAUGGGUUAAUUCUUAAAAGACAAUGAUCGUUACUUUUACUUUCAUUACUAAAUUUUGUUUUAUUUGCUGGAGCCUUGUUUGCCUUUUUUGGUAUGUUUUAAAGUCCCUUAAAUUUAUUUGAAAAAUAAAAUACACAUUGUGAAACUAACAAAAGAUAGGCAUCUCCUAUAAGAACAUUUCUUUCUUAUUCUUGUUGUGUUUGCAAAUGACCCUUUGUAAUUUGUUACAGCUGGAGGCUCUAACUGAAUUUACAAAUAUGAACAGUGUGCAAUAUUAAUGAAUGUUACUACUAUAAAUAUAACAACUAUUACAGUACAAAACUAAUAAAGGCAUUUUACAAAAGAAGGGCAUGUGUCUUUCG